AUGAAGAAUCUUAGAAAUCAAUCUCCGAUAACUGAAUUAAUUGAAAAUACAGUCUCACAUAUUCCAAAGUUUUUCUGGAAUUCUAGUGAAGGCAAAAAUUUGAAACUUUUAGAAUGUGAAGAGGAAGGUCAGAGGCUCAUUUUCCCAAAAUUUCAAUUUUUUCCAGUGGAAAAUAACAACAUGAAGAGUCUUGGAAAUCAACCUCCAAUAACUGAAUUAAUUGAAAAUACAGUCUCACACAUUCCAAAGUUUUCCUGGAAAACUAGUGAACGCAAAAAUUUGAAACUUCUUGCAUCUGAAGAGUAGAAGGGUUAAAGGCUC